AAUUGUUCCUUUAGACUGUAGCUUUCUAUAACCUCCCUUAUCGUCUAACUAAAUCCAGUUUGGGUCCUACAAUUUACACUUGUUUCUUGAUUUUGGAGAUUUUUUUUUCAGUAGUUAGAACUUGAGAUUAAUUGGAGACAUUUUAGAUAGAUCAUUUUGCUUAGUAAAUUAUUGGAUUUUGCUUUUCAUUGUGUAUUUCAGUUUGGUUGUUUUCUUUUCCCUUUUUGGAUUUUGGUUGGUCCAGCUGAUGAGCUACUUUAAUUUGGAAGGCUAUUCAAUCAUUAGACUCCAGCCGACAGUGGAUAAAUUUGUUUAUAUUAAUACUCCAUAUGAAAAAAAUUAGAAAACAUCUGUGAGUGACUGCAUUAUUGUGUUAAGGGUGUGGCUUAAUUUAUAUAUAUCUGGAAUAACUUUUCAAGAUUCUCUCUUAAUCCCUAUAUUGACACGUAUUUUUGUUGAGAAUUUUACCUACAUGUUCCUCCUUUUUGCUUAGUUGGUUAUUUUCUUCUUUUGUUUAUCAAUAUUAUAAAUGGUUUAUCAGUAGUUUUGUUUUCUCAAUUACUUGAUUUUAAGGUACAUAAUCUGCAUUUCAUUUACAUUUUGUGUGGCUGUUAACUCUUCAAAACUGAGCUAGAGUUGGUUAGAUCUCCUUAAAUGUUUCUAUUUUGUUUUAUUGGAUUUGAUGUGUUCAAAAUCUUGGAGUAGGUGGAUGGAUGAGCAUGAAAAGGAGGUGAUUUAGAGGGAAUAAGAUCUUGGCGCGGACAAAGCUUAAAAUUGUAACUUUCCUUCACAUUUUGUGACGUUGUUAACUCAGGUCAAGAAUUUAGAGGUAAAAAAUUAAAGGCUUGAACUGUGUGAUGGAAUCAUCCUCAUCAAAGAGGGCCAAGGCACCAGGGAGUAUAGCUCAUUGCUUGGUUGAUGGAUGUAGUUCAGACCUCAGUGAAUGCAGAGAGUAUCACCGCCGGCAUAAAGUUUGUGAGGUCCAUUCAAAGACUGCCAAAGUAACCAUUGCCGGUCGAGACCAACGCUUCUGUCAGCAAUGCAGCAGGUUUCAUUCAUUGGUAGAGUUUGAUGAUGGAAAGAGAAGCUGUCGGAAACGUCUUGAUGGACACAACAGGCGUCGAAGGAAGCCUCAGCCAGAUUCUAUGGCCAAAAAUUCUGGAUUACUUUUUGGCCAACAAGGAACAAAACUCCUGUCAUUUAGCAGUCAACAAAUAUUUCCAAGCGCAGUUGUGAGCUCUGCAUGGGCUGAUGUUGAAAAAAGGGACAGCGAUAUGGUAUUAUACAACAACCAAUCACAUAUAAAUUACAUGGACAGUCAAAACUCGUUCCCUGAUUCUUCGGCUCAUAGCUAUAAAGGAGGAAGCCAAUUCCAGUUCAUGCAAGGCAGUGACCGCAGUCUCACUGAAGCUUCUUCAAUCUGCCAGCCACUUCUUGAACAUCCCACUUCUGCAGCAGGAAUUUCUAGCAGCGGACAAAAGAUCUUCUCCAGUGGAUUAAAUGAAAUUGUUGAUUCUGAUCGUGCUCUCUCUCUUCUGUCAUCAGCACCCGCUGUAACUAGGGAGAUUGGUUUGAGUCACAUGGUGCAGCAGCCUGCCUCUAUCCCGCGUUCCCAGUCACAUGGCCUGCAGUAUGGUGGUCUAAGCCAUUUCCCUUUUGCUCAAGAUUUCAAUAGCAGACCUCAAGAUUCACAUGUUAGCGACAGCAGCAGCCCUCUCCAUUUCCAUGAUAUGUUGCAAAAUGCACAAGAUGGAUCAUCUACAAGUGGUGGCUCUCAGCAAACACUAGCCUUUAUGUGGGACUAAACUUUCAGCGCCUUGGUCUCUGCUAACAUCAAGGAAAUUCCAUUAAUCUUGAAUCCAUCCAAGCAAAUGCUAUUCCAUUUCAGAAAUGUUUAGCUUCUAAUUAAGGAACACAUAAUUUCCAACACAAGAAUCGAAUGUUUGUGAGGGAGGUUGACUUUGUGUGAUAUAUGACUUGACUUUUCUAUAUUUACCCUUCAUUAUGAUUCUCGA